UUGGACGAGGGCUGGCUGGGUUGUGACAGAUACUUUUCCUCUAGCAGGAUGGUGAAUUUGGACCCGGCACAUGCAGAUAUCAAGAUGAGUGACAAUGUGGCUGAUUCCACGGACACACGGAACGAAAGCAGCCACAUCGAACCCGGAAAUGACCGGAAUGGCCUGGAUUUCAACAGACAGAUUAAAACAGAAGACCUCAGCGACUCCUUGCAAGCUGCCAUCCCCUCCAGAUCGAGUCACCUACCCCAGGGGCCAUCAAUGAUGCCUGGAGGGCAAAUUACAGGGGAUAUGAGUUCUCUUCAUACUUUGCAACAACUUGUGCAAGUCCCCGGCCACAUGCAAUCCGUCCCCCUAUUCCUUCUUUCUCAGGGCCCAGCAGGGCAACAAGCUCUGCAAUCAAAUCUUCUCUCCUUCCCUCAGCAGCAGAGUGGUCUUCUCCUUCCCCAGCAUGGACACAGCUUAACAUCUCAGACAGUGGGACGUCCUGGGCAUCCAGGGUCAUCUUCAUUGGAGCCUCACAUGGAAGUCCCUCAGCAUUUACAAGUUGCCAAGCACUUGCCAUCCUCCAUGGCCACGGACGAAGCCAAUGACCUAGAGGAGCUCGAAAAGUUUGCCAAGACGUUCAAGCAAAGGCGAAUCAAGCUUGGGUUCACCCAGGGUGAUGUGGGUCUUGCCAUGGGGAAGCUCUAUGGGAAUGACUUCAGCCAGACUACCAUUUCCCGCUUUGAGGCGCUGAAUCUCAGCUUCAAAAACAUGUGCAAGCUAAAACCACUGCUGGAAAAGUGGCUCAGUGAUGCAGAAUCUUCCCCCUUGGAUUCUUCUGUCAGCACCCCCACCAGCUAUCCAGCCGUGAACGAGAUGUUUGGGCGCAAAAGGAAAAAACGCACCAGCAUCGAGACCAACAUUCGCUCCACCUUGGAGAAACGGUUCCAAGAUAACCCCAAGCCUAGCUCAGAGGAGAUCUCCAUGAUUGCAGAACAGUUGUCCAUGGAGAAGGAGGUGGUCCGGGUUUGGUUCUGCAACCGGCGCCAGAAAGAGAAGCGCAUCAGCUGCCCAAUGCCCUCUCCCAUCAAAUCCCCCCUCUACAACUCCAGACUGGUUUCUACCUCAGGAUCUUUGGGUCCACUCUCUGUUACGCCUGUCCAUAGCACCAUGCAUGGGGCAGUGACGUCCUCCUGCUCUCCUGGCAGUUCCAGUCGGCCCCAGUCGCCAGGAACAGGACUCCACUCCAACAGUCCCGGCAUGUCCCACAACAACUCCAAAGCUGCCAUCAAUUCUUCCAGUUUCAAUUCUUCUGGAUCAUGGUACCGAUGGAAUCAGCCCACCUACCUCCACUGAAGCUCCAUCUUCCAAAGAGCAACAAAAACCCAUUUUUCUCUCCUCUGUGUAAAAAAAAAAAGAGCCUUAAGUUCUUCCUAUGAACCAACUUUGCUGGAAACAAUGGCUCAGGUGAAGGUUCAACAUGAUGGCACAGGUGCUUUCAACAAGUGCCUGGUCUCCCAUCUGCCCUUGAUCUCAGCUGGUGCAAGCAGAACUGUCAAAGAGACUAAAACUGUGAUGGAUCCCCAACCUGUUGAGGGUGUGCUGGCCAUACGUUCCUUGGGCUACAGCACAAAAGCUAUUUGCAUGUCCAGUCUCAGGCAUUUCUCCUCUAAAAAGGUUUGCUCUGUAAUGGAUACCCUGAUCAUAUUUAAUGGAAUGGGCCUGCUAUCUUCUCUCUCUCUCUAACUUGUAAAGGCUUUCCUAGGGAGUCAACUGUGGAGACACAUCUGCUCGCAGAUCAAAAUGCACAGGGCCACCCCUUGAGGAUCUCCCAAAACUGAGCCAAGGUUGCCACAUUAGUUUCACUCAAGGUUUAAGACCAGGAUGGUCACUUUAACAUUCUGCAGAUGGUGUUCCAUAACAAAGUGAUGCAUGCUGGAAUGAUCAGGAAAGGAGGGCAUCCAACGUCACUCACUCAAACUGUUGUCUCUUUUGGGUGGUCUAGAUUCAUGUCAGUUCCUUAUCAAAGCCUUAUCUGUUUUCUUCCACAAACACUGGUGGGUCCCAACAGCAGCUGGUGGAGGGGCAGUGACUCCUCUAUGGGUUCUAGGGCAAAUUUUAAAAGGAGAUCUCCAAGGUGCUGGUCCUUGUUCCCAAAAUAGCUCUAGCCUCUUAGAUAUGACAUUAAAAUUUAAACUAAACCCCACAUAGGUCCACCACCUGACUAACAAGCAAGCCAUUAAACACAACUGGUGAAGCCAGGUGGACCCACUGGUUGCUGUAGAGCAAAGUAAACAUGAAGUUGAGCUCCAUCUAACCACUCAGAAAUGAGGGUUGAUCCACUGAAUUAUCACCAACCCAGAGUCCAGAGACAUAAAAACCUUCAGCCAAUUCAUAUGCAUUUGUUUUUGGUUGCCCAUCAAGUCAUCUCAUCAAUCUACUUUGGCCAUAUUUGACACAUACUAUUUCACACCGUACCAGAAAUGUCAAGAACAUUUGUAUAUUUUCUCCUCCAUGAAAAAGUGUGCCUCAAUAUGUUAGGACAACUAGUUGAA